AUUGCCUUCACUGAAAUUCCUUUCCUCUCUGCUGCAGCUCAGAUCGAAAUCAUUCCGUGUAAAAUCUGCGGAGACAAAUCUUCCGGGAUCCAUUAUGGAGUCAUAACUUGUGAAGGGUGCAAGGGUUUCUUCAGGAGAAGCCAACAGAACAGCAUCACCUACACCUGCUCCCGCCAGCGGAACUGCCCCAUUGACCGUACCAGCCGUAACCGAUGCCAGCAUUGCCGGUUGCACAAGUGCCUUGAGCUGGGCAUGUCCCGGGAUGCGGUCAAAUUCGGACGUAUGUCAAAGAAACAGAGGGACAGCCUACACGCUGAGGUCCAGAAGCACCAGAUGCAGCAGCAAGGCGCAGGCAAGCCCCAGGCUGAGGUUCAGGCCUACGCUCUGGCUUCAGAGGCCCAGGGCCUACCAAAGCCCGGCCAGGAGGCCUAUCCCUCUGGGCACAGCCUCGGGACAGGCAGGCAGGCCGCUGGAGGGCAAGGCUACAGCUCCUCGGAAGCAGGCUUACCCCCGGGUCAGCCGGGCUUACCAGCCAAUGACGUGAAGCACCGGCCAUUCGUACAGCACCCAGGUGGAGGGGAGUUUGUCAUGUGGCCAGGUUUCGCCCGACUCCACGGUCCUCUGCCCACUACCAGGGAGCUGGACCACAUUAUCCAGAAUGUCGUGAAAUCUCACCGUGAGACGUGCCAGUUUGUGCCAGAGCAACUCCACACUCUCCGCUGGAAGUUAUUCUCUCAGAGUGAAGUCGACAGCUACCAGAGGAAGUCGGCCGAGGAGAUGUGGCAGAGGUGUGCCCGAAAUAUCACCGAGGCCAUCCAGUACGUGGUGGAGUUUGCCAAGCGCAUUGCCGGCUUCCUGGAGCUGUGCCAGAACGACCAGAUCGUGCUUCUCAAAGCAGGCUCCCUCGAGGUGGUUCUCCUGCGGAUGUGCCAGGCCUUUAAUCCCAGCAACAACACGGUCUUCUUUGAAGGAAAGUAUGCAGGGACCGAGCUCUUCCUCGCUCUCG